AGUCUUGGUAGUGAUAGUAGUAAUAGUAGUAGUAGUGAUAAUAGUCGUAGUAGUGAUAGUAGUAAUAGUAGUGAUAGUAGUAGUGAUAGUAGUAGUCGUAGUGAUAGUAGUAGUAGUAGUAGUAGUAGUAGUAGUGAUAGUAAUGAUAGUAGUAGUAGUAGUAGUAGUAGUAGUAGUAGUAGUGAUAGUAGUAGUAAUAGUAAUGAUAGUAGUCUUGGUAGUGAUAGUAGUAGUAGUAGUAGUAGUAGUAGUAGUAGUAGCAGUAGUAGUAGUAGUAGUAGUAGUAGUGAUAGUAGUAGUAGCAGUAGUAGUAGUAGUAGUAGUAGUAGUAGUAGUGAUAGUAGUAGUAGUAGUAGUAGUGAUAGUAGUAGUAGUAGUAGUGAUAGUAGUAGUAGUAGUGGUAGUAGUAGUAUUAGUGAUAUUAGUAGUGAUAGUAAUAGUAGUUGUAGUAGUAGUGGUUGUAGUCUUGGUAGUGAUAGUAGUAGUAGUAGUAGUAGCGAUAGUAGUAGUAGUAGUGAUAGUAGUAGUACUAGUGAUAGUAGUAGUGAUAGUAAUAGUAGUUGUAGUAGUAGAUGUAGUAGUGAUAGUAGUCUUGGUAGUGAUAGUAGUAGUAGUAGUAGUAGUAGUAGUAGUAGUAGUAGUGAUAGUAGUAGUAGUAGUAGUGAUAGUAGUAGUAGUAGUAGUGGUAGUAGUAGUAGUAGUGGUAGUAGUAGUAGUAGUAGUAGUGAUAGUAGUAGUGAUAGUAAUAGUAUUUGUAGUAUUACACGUAGUAGUGAUAGUAGUCUUGGUAGUGAUAGUAGUCAUAGUAGUUAUAGUAGUAGUAGUAGUAGUAGUAAUAGUAGUAUUAUUAGUAGUAGUGAUAGUAGUAGUAGUGAUAGUAACAGUAGUUGUAGUAGUAGACUUCGUAGUGAUAGUAGUAGUAUUAGUAUUAGUAGUGAUAGUAGUAGUAGUGAUAGUAAUAGUAGUUGUAGUAGUAGUCAUAGUAGUGAUAGUAGUAGUAGUAGUGAUAGUAAUAGUAGUAGUAGUAGUGAUAGUAGUAGUAGUAGUAGUGAUAGUAGUAGUAGUGAUAGUAGUCUUGGUAGUGAUAGUAGUCAUAGUAGUGAUAGUAGUAGUAGUAGUGGUAGUAGUAGUGAUAGUAGUAGUAGUAGUAGUAGUGAUAAUAGUAGUAGUAGUGAUAGUAGUAGAAGUAGUAGUAGUGAUAGUAGUAGUAGUGAUAGUAACAGUAGUUGUAGUAGUAGACGUAGUAGUGAUAGUAGUAGUAGUGGUAGUAAUAGUAGUAGUCGUAGUAGUGAUAGUAGUAGUAGUAGUAGUAGUUGUAGUGAUAGUAGUAGUAGUAAUAGUAGUGAUAGUAGUAGUGAUAGUAAUAGUAGUUGUAGUAGUAGACGUAGUAGUGAUAGUAGUCUUGGUAGUGAUAGUAGUAGUAGUGAUAGUAAUGAUAGUAGUAGUAGUGAUAGUAGUGAUAGUAGUCUUGGUAGUGAUAGUAGUAAUAGUAGUAGUAGUGAUAAUAGUCGUAGUAGUGAUAGUAGUAAUAGUAGUGAUAGUAGUAGUGAUAGUAGUAGUCGUAGUGAUAGUAGUAGUAGUAGUAGUGAUAGUAGUAGUGAUAGUAAUAGUAGUUGUAGUAGUAGACGUAGUAGUGAUAGUAGUCUUGGUAGUGAUAGUAGUAGUAGUAGUAGUAGUAGUAGUAGUAGUAGUAGUAGUAGUAGUAUUAGUAGUAGUAGUAGUAGUGAUAGUAAUGACAGUAGUAGUAGUAGUAGUAGUAGUAGUAGUAGUAGUGAUAGUAGUAGUAAUAGUAAUGAUAGUAGUCUUGGUAGUGAUAGUAGUAGUAGUAGUAGUAGUAGUAGUAGUAGUAGUAGUAGUAGUAGUGAUAGUAGUAGUAGUAGUAGUAGUAGUAGUAGUAGUAGUAGUAGUACUGAUAGUAGUAGUAGUAGUAGUAGUGAUAGUAGUAGUAGUAGUGAUAGUAGUAGUAGUAGUGGUAGUAGUAGUAGUAGUGAUAGUAGUAGUGAUAGUAAUAGUAGUUGUAGUAGUAGUGGUUGUAGUCUUGGUAGUGAUAGUAGUAGUAGUAGUAGUAGCGAUAGUAGUAGUAGUAGUGAUAGUAGUAGUACUAGUGAUAGUAGUAGUGAUAGUAAUAGUAGUUGUAGUAGUAGAUGUAGUAGUGAUAGUAGUCUUGGUAGUGAUAGUAGUAGUAGUAGUAGUAGUAGUGAUAGUAGUAGUAGUAGUAGUGAUAGUAGUAGUAGUAGUAGUGGUAGUAGUAGUAGUAGUGGUAGUAGUAGUAGUAGUAGUAGUGAUAGUAGUAGUGAUAGUAAUAGUAGUUGUAGUAGUAGACAUAGUAGUGAUAGUAGUAGUAGUAGUAGU